CCUUCUUUAUUGUGUGUGUGUUUCACAUCUUCUUCUAUACACAUCUAAAAUCAUAAUAUCUUCUUCAUUAAGCCAUUUGCUAUCUCCUAAUAUUAACUCCAUUUAUCUCUUCCAUUCUUCCCAUUUCUAUCAUUUUUAUAUUAGUGGAACAAAAUAAAAAAACAUGAAGGACAGAUCCAUGGACAAGUUGUUUGUUGUUUUUCCAUUCUCCUUAGGUUGUAGUUCUGAAUCAAGUGUUCCAGUGGCCAAUACCAACAGAAGCCAACCUCCAUAUAACACAAAGAAUUCAGUAAUAAAUCAAGUUCCAACAAAAAGACAAGUAGGAGAAGAGAGUUCAUCAAAAGUGAAAAUAAAUGGUUUUUUGAUCAGACGACGAAUUUCUCAUGGAGUGCACACAUUGAAAAGGAAUUUCAAAGGUUUCUAUCAAUUAUUUGUGUACAAAGAAGAAGAGAUUGAAGAAAUGGAAAUAGGAUAUCCAACAGAUGUGAAACAUGUAACACAUAUAGGAUUUGAUGGAUCUAAUAAAAUUAAUAAUAAUCCUAUGAUUAAGAGUUGGGAUAAUUCUAAAUCACUUUCUUUUCCUUCAAUUUCUAUUCAACAAUUUGAACUUGCUAUGGCUACUCAAGCUAGUGGAUCCUCUAGGUUUUAGUUUGUUACCAACAAAUUUUCUUGACUUUCUAAUGUGUUUUUUUAUCGAUCGACUAAAUUUAAAUUCGUGACGAAAAAUUUUACGUUGAAGAUAAAGUGUUUUGAUUCUAACAAAAACAGUUCUAUAUAUCUGAAUGGGUACUUAUCGCUUUACUAUAAUCUUUUGUUUGUAUCUCCAUUGUCAAUUUUGGUUUUAUUAUUGUUGUUGUUUUCAUAUGUCUAUGGGGAAAACAUUUGUAUUAGUGUGUGAAAUUGAAUGUAUGUAAUGUAGUUUCUUUCCUUUUUCCCC